AUGCAGAAUUUUGGAGCUCCACCACCUCUGCGGCCUGGGAAAGGUCUUACGUCACGCGGCGCGCGUGCCCGAGGAAUCCUCCCAUUUGUCUUUGCUCCACCUUCUCCAGAACCUAGGCUCCUCCAGAUCUGCGACAGUCCUCCUUGCCGGAAAGCAGCACGAGACCGCGGCAUUUUACGACGACGGAGUGACACCUUUGAAAAAUUCCGACUGCUUCUCCGUAGCCGGGCGAACGCCAGCGCGAUGUUCGGUGCAAGUGAUGAGGACGACACCGAUUUCCUCUCGCCCAGUGGCGGUGCCAGAUUGGCCUCUCUUUUUGGAUUGGAUCAGGCAGUUGCUGACCAUGGAAACGAAUUCUUCCAGUACACAGCUCCAAAGCAGCCUAAGAAAGGCCAGGCAACAGCAGCAACAGGAAAUCAGGCAACACAGAAAACAGUACCAGCUACAACAGGCACUUCCACAGUACUGGUUGCAACAGCAGUCCAUGCAUACAGAUACAUAAAUGGUCAAUAUGUGAAGCAAGGCAAAUUUGGUGCAGCGGUCCUGGGUAAUCACACAGCCAAAGAGUAUAGGAUUCUUCUUUAUAUUAGUCAGCAGCAGCCAGUUACUGUUGCCAGAAUUCACCAGAACUUUGAGCUCAUGGUGCGGCCCAAUAACUAUAGCACUUUUUAUGAUGACCAAAGACAAAAUUGGUCCAUCAUGUUUGAAUCAGAAAAGGCUGCUGUGGAGUUCAACAAACAGGUGUGCAUUGCCAAAUGCAACAGCACCUCUUCCUUGGAUGCAGUGCUUUCCCAAGAUCUCAUUGUAGCAGAGGGGCCUGCUGUAGAAGUUGGAGAUUCUUUGGAAGUGGCAUACACUGGCUGUCUCUUCCAGAAUCAUGCGCUGGGCCAGGUUUUUGACUCCACUGCUAACAAAGACAAGCUGCUUCGUCUGAAAUUAGGAUCAGGAAAAGUCAUCAAGGGCUGGGAGGAUGGAAUGCUGGGUAUGAGAAAAGGAGGGAAGAGGUUGCUUGUUAUCCCACCAUCCUGUGCUGCUGGCUCUGAAGGGGUAAUAGGAUGGUCUCCAACAACAGACUCAAUCCUGGUGUUCGAAGUGGAGGUUAGGCGGGUGAAGUUUGCCAGGGAUUCUGGCUCUGAUGGGCACAGUGUUAGUUCCCGGGAUUCUGCGGCCCCUUCUCCCACACCUGGUGCUGACAGCCUCGCUACUGAUCCUGCUGUGUCACCGCCCACAUCGGUGCCUUUCAAACCAGGGGAGCCAAUUCUUCGUCCUAAAUCCAACUCCUCCAAUGAACAACUUACAAUAAAUCCAAAUCCUGAUACAGUCAAGGCCAAGUUGAUCUCUCGGAUGGCCAAAAUGGGUCAGCCCAUGCUGCCCAUCCUUCCGCCUCAGCUGGAUUCCAGUGAUUCAGAUAUCGAAGAUGUGAAUGCUCUGCGAGCAGCUGGGCAGCCCAUGGUGACUCCGUCAGUCCAGCCCUCUCUUCCGGUAGCCCAUUCAGUGGUACCGCAGAUGACCUCACAAGUGCCUCAGCCUUCUGUUUCUGGGCUCCAAACACCAUCUGCUGCCUUAAUGCAAGUUGCGUCUCUCGAUUCCCACUCAGCUGUAUCUGGAAAUGCCCAAUCCUUUCAGCCCUAUGCAGGUAUGCAAGCCUGUACCUAUCCCCAGGCUUCCCCUGUCUCGUCCCAGCUGCAGCCUGUUCGGCCCAUGUAUCCAGCAGUACUGUCUCAGUCUCACCAUUUUCAAGGUUCAGGUGACAUGACUUCAUUUCUCAUGACAGAAGCCCGGCAACAUAACACUGAAAUUCGAAUGGCAGUCAGCAAAGUGGCCGAUAAAAUGGAUCAUCUCAUGACCAAGGUUGAGGAGUUACAGAAGCACAGUGCUGCCAAUUCCCUGCUCAUUCCUAGCAUGUCAGUCACAAUGGAAACCAGCAUGAUCAUGAGCAACAUUCAGCGAAUCAUUCAGGACAAUGAAAGAUUGAAGCAAGAGAUCUUUGAAAAGAGCAAUCGAAUAGAAGAACAGAAUGACAAGAUUAGUGAACUAAUUGAACGAAAUCAGAGAUAUGUUGAGCAGAGCAACCGGAUGAUGGAGAAGAGGAACAGCUCACUUCAAACAGCCACAGAAAACACACAGGCAAGAGUUUUGCAUGCUGAGCAAGAGAAGGUCAAAGUGACAGAAGAGCUAGCAGCAGCUACAGCACAGGUGUCUCAUCUUCAGCUGAAAAUGACUGUUCACCAAAAGAAAGAAACGGAGCUGCAAAUGCAACUGACAGAAAACCUAAAGGAGACAGAUCUCCUCAGGGGACAACUCACCAAACUGCAGGCAAAGCUCUCAGAGCUCCAAGAAACUUCUGAGCAAGCACAGACAAAAUUCAAAAGUGAAAAACAGAGCCGUAAACAACUAGAACUAAAGGUGACAUCCCUGGAGGAGGAACUAAUUGACCUUCGAGCUGAGAAGGAAUCGCUGGAAAAGAACUUGUUAGAAAGGAAAAAGAAGUCAACUCAAGAGCGAUGCCAGGCAGAGGAGGAGAUGGACGAAAUUCGCAAGUCAUACCAAGAGGAACUGGACAAACUUCGACAACUCUUGAAAAAGGCUCGGGUAUCCACUGACCAUGCAGCUGCAGAGCAGUUGUCUCUAGUGCAGACUGAGCUACAGACCCAGUGGGAAGCAAAAUGUAAACAGUUGUUGGCCUCAGCCAAGGAUGAACACCUGCAACAAUAUCAGGAGGUGUGUGCACAGAGAGACGCCAACCAGCAAAAGCUGAGACAGCUUCAGGAAAAGUGCUUAGCUCUCCAGGCCCACGUCACAGCUCUGACAGAGCAGAAUGAACAGUACAUCAAGGAAUUGGAGAAUAGCAAGUCCCAAACAUCUGGGAAUGAAACUACCAUUAUAAUAGACCCCUCAGAGAAGGUCAAGAAGAUCAUGAACCAGGUGUUCCAGUCUUUGCGAGGAGAGUUUGAGCUAGAGGAGUCUUAUAAUGGCAGAACUAUUCUGGGAACCAUCAUGAAUACGAUCAAGAUGGUGACCCUUCAGUUAUUAAACCAGCAGGAGCAAGAAAUGGGGGAGAGUAGCAGUGAAGAAGAGGGAGGAGAAAGACCUCAGAGUCCUAACCAAAAGCAGUCAAUCACAGCCAAUCCUGGACUGCCCGAAAAAUCGAUCCCAUCACCUCAGACCCUCCCUAUUCCCCAGAAUGCUGUUCAGACAAGGAAAGGGGAAGCUUUGGAAUCAGAGAUGCUAUCAGAGAUAAAGGAUGAUUCCCUCCCAGCCGCACUGGCAUGCAUUCCAUCUCAGAGAGUUCUGGGACCCCCGACUUCAAUUCCACCGAAACCUCCAAGCUCUAUAACCAUGGACCCUGAGUGCGAAGACACACUUGCUACCAGCCCAAUGGCAGUUAAGGCAGACAACCCAUUGGCAAAGGCCUUUGACAGGGAAGUGGCUCCAGAUGGCCCAUUGCAAGAAGGCUCCACAAGACCAUCCCUGACUUCAGGCCCCAAGAAGGGGGACCCACAGACCUUAGUGCCUGAAAGCCCAGGAGAGCCUCAGCCUCCAGAGCUCAAUGAGAAAGAGCACCUCACUAGUUCCCCUGGUCCUUCCAAGGAACUAUUGACCACAGAGGCAGGUUCUACAGAUCCAGCAGCCACCCUCAGAUCCAACCACAGUUCUCAGCAUUCCAGUCUCUCUGGAGAUGAAGACGAGAACCUCUUUAAAGGGGCAGCUCUAAAAGUCCAGAGGCCCAAAGAAGAUCCUGAGGACGAGGAUGAAGAUGAGGUGAGCAUGAAGGGACGGCCGCCCCCAACUCCCCUUUUUGGAGAUGAUGACGAUGACGAUGACAUUGACUGGCUGGGAUGA